UGUCUCUUUGUUAGAGUAUGCUUUUGCUGGCUGCAUUUCGUACCCAUAUGCGCUGACUGUUGGAGCUGCAGGAACCCUCACAACCCAGACUGCUGCCGUGGGCACUGCCGCGACCGCCAGCGGCACAGCAGCGGCUGGAGCUAGCCUGACGGCUGGUGCUGGCAUAGCAGCCUGUGCCUGCUGCUUUAGUGCCGGCUGCUGCAGUGGCAGUUGGGCUUCAUUGGGCUUUGUGCGGAAUGGAUGCAAAGGACCCUGCUGAAGAAGCAGAGUUCGUCAUGAUGCAGGCCCAGGGCGCUGUACCUUGCACCAUGCUGCUGGGCGAGGGGCGGUUCGGCAAAAGGACAAAGGCAGAUGCCUCGUCCUUGUGUGAGACCACCACCGUUGUAACAGUUGCAAGGCUUGGGCGGUGAUGUAAUCAUAGCCUUUUACGGGCAUUGCGUUAUCAAAGAAGACUUUCAUCUUUAUGAAGCUUGCAAGGCAGAAGCUUCGGGGAGACCGAUGCCGCUUGUUUGGUGCGCCAACUUUUUCGUGCGCUGCAGCGUGUUCACCUGAUGCGGCUUUUACACCGGGACGUGAAGCUGGCCAACUGCUUGGUCAAGGCAUGGGCUGGGGACGUUUCUUCCUGGAAGGUCCGCCUUUUCUUCUGCGGCCACACUCCCACCAGCAGGAACCCUUGCGUUUUGGGCUCCAGAGCUCAUCGCUGGCGAAGCGCCUGCUGUAUCAGCUGACAUUUGAGCAGGGGCUACAACGGCCUGGGCUCUUGCCGCAGGAACUGUGCCUCCCUCCGUUGAAACCCUUCAUAGCUUGAGGCAGCCUGAAGUGAGCCAAUCGCCUGGGAGCGAUGCAUUUGGGCCAUUGUUUUUGGCAUGGUUGGAGGCGACCCUGGCAACCACAGAUCGUGCAUCUGCAACAAAAGCAUUGCAAUUGGAUUGGCUUCAGGAGGCCCAUGCGCUUCACACAUUGCUACCGCCAGCGCCGGCUCCGCCAGUUGCCGCCUUCCAGCCGAAAAAUGAAAACAACAGUAAGUUCCGGCGCCGCGUGGCCCCAAAGAGAGCUCUGGCCAACACGGCUUCGAGCAGCUCUGAGAGGUGAGCGGGCUUGUCAACUUGCC